GAGAGCCAGGCACGUGCCACAAGCCACAACUCAGCGAUCAAUAGGUACGCCACAGAAGGACACGCUUCCUUGCUCCUCAGUCCUCACAACGCCUCUCGCCAGGACAAGAUAUAGCUUUUCUACCUUGUAUUUAGAUAACAGAUUUCUGUUAUAGAUUGCCUACACCACGAUGUGAGGAGGCGGAGUAGUAUGUAACUCUUGAGACUCCUGUGGACACGUGAAGGGCGGAGGUGGGCGUGUGAGUGAGUCGGUAAGCUGAGGAUGAGGGCGUGAUGGUGCGUGAGGCAACGAAGGGGAUAGCGGCGAUGACAGAGCACUCCGGUUCUGAGGAGGCAGGCGGGGCCAUUAGUGCUGCGGGGGAGGAGGUCAUCAGAGGGCUGCUGGCCACGCUCCGAGAGGACAUGAAGAAAGAGGAGAGUGGUGGGGAUGAGGUGCUCGCCCUUGACCCCCUCGUGGUGGAGUCUCAGCUCCUCUCCUAUCAGCACUCUGCCGCAAGCUUUGUGGUCAAGCUUCAAGGCAUGGAAAUAAUUGGAUUGUCAGAGUUCAUCAUUGAGGAUGUGUGUGUGAAUGUCCAAACUCUGGCCGUGACAAUCAACCUGCGCUAUGACUCCCUGUUGCUUGAUGGGGAGUACGACAUCUCAGGCAAACUGGUCAAGGUCAUCCCCCUCUCCACUCGAGGGCCUUUCACAGUCACUGCCUCCAAUGCAAGGAUAACUUUGUGGGUGAAGUUGAAGACAUGCCGGGGACGCCUGGAGGUAGGCCAGCUGAGGAGUGAGUUGGUGGUGGGAGAUGUGCACCUCGACCUCUCCCACAUGACUGGUGGGUCACUAGUCAGCAAGUACGUAAGUUCCCACUUGGCAAAUCAGAUCAGGACUCACUGGCAGCAGCAUGAACCAGAGCUGAGCAUGGUCUUGAAAAAGCAUCUUAAUGAUGAACUGAAGAACGUCAGCUUAAUGUCCCUCCAGCUUCUGCAGUCAACUGACAAGUACAUGAGGCGUGGUUCCCUCUAUUAGAGGGUCUACUUUCCUCCUUCUCUGUGGCUUAUGGUAGUGAGUGUGUAUAGAGCAGAUGAUGGCCCUCAUGAUUAUUGGUUUCAGUGUUCCUCCAGUGUAUUGAUGUAUUGUAGAUUGAUAUGCCACACAUUCACUUGCAUCUUACAUCUGUGUAGUAAAGUUCCUUGCAAAAAUAAAGUAAAAAAAGGAGAUGACUUACUGAAAACAAAUACAUUCUUACACUGGUGGUAAAUCAAAUCCCUUUCAGAAAAGCAUGAGGAUGAAAUAUUUUGCUCUGGGUCAUCAGUAUUAAUUGGAAGGAAUGCUUUUUAACAGGGACCAUAAUACAUUACAUAUUUUUUGCCCCUUGGUGCUGAUGAGUAAGUUAAGCUGUUUGUCAAAAAAGAGUGCAAGACAAAUUUUUACAUUCCAUUUUUUACAGCAAUGUUGAAUAUCCUGCAUCUCAGAAUCUUCAACGAUUAUAUUUAUAGUAUUUCAUGACAACAUAGCUUUGAACAAAAAAGUAUAGCAUUACAAACUUAACACAAUUUGUUGGUAUUUUUAUAUCAACAUGCCUGCAUCUAUGUAGAAUAUUAUACUUCAGGAAGCUCAGUGUGCAGAUUUGGCUUGCUGUCAUUGAGUGUCAGAUUCCCAAAGGUGUGUAGGUAUGAGAACGAAAGCCUUGUGGGUUCCUAUGUGGUGGCUUGGUGGUGUCGCAUACAAGGCUGGCAGCUGCGAUGGUGUUCGUUGUUGUUCAAGAUGGGUUCAUUAACCUAAGUGUUGAGUUUGCAAAAUUUUAUAAAAGUUACUUGUUAGAUAAUUUUAUAUGACUAUUUACAUAUCCUAUAAAUUGCCAAAUGUUAAUGAAUUUCUUUAAGGCUAUGCAGGAUAAGAAACUGUUAAGUACACAAGUGCAAACAGUAUUAUAAACCUCACAAUCAAUUUGUAAUGUUGCAUUUAGAAAUAACAAACUGUUAAUUACAUGCAAAUACAUACUGCCUUUACGAAAUGUAUAAUUUUGCAGUCAUAUUUUUUCUAUUUAAUGCAUAUUGCUCAAAAUAUUUGCACAAGGUGGUAGCACAUAAAAUUCUAGAUGUCUGACAAAUGCUGGACCAGCACAUUUGUUGAAUAUACAUAUAAUGGUGUUUAGUGCUUUUGAACAAAUUAGUAUGCAGGCAAACAGUGACUAAUGGGCACUCAGAUCACAAAUUUUAAGUUAUGAUUAUUUUUACCCUUUGUCUUGAAUUAAGAACGCAAAAUUCAUCCUUACAGAGAUUACCUUUUUAUUUCAACAAUUUGAAAAAUAAAUGUGCAUAAAUUUCACACUUUGAUGAAAAAAUUUCUUUGGGGGCAACUUCUCAUGGUAUGGCAAUGAAAUUGCCUUCUUUGUAUAAACUCUUCUUUGUGAAAUUCCAGUAUCACAUCAGAAUACAUUAUCUCUCAAUACUAUGUAAUAUGUUUGCAUGUUUGUGGCAUAAAAUGUCACAAGUGUAUGAUGUACAGUAUCCUUCUUGUGUUUUAUGAAUGUAUCUCGUCUAAUAUAAUAUAAGUCUGGGGAAAAUAAAUUCCCCAAUUUAUUAUUUUUGAAAUUUACACAAAUUUUUAGAAAUGUAUAGAGGUUCAUCGGGAUAUAUAAAGCCACCUGUAUCAUUAUCUGUUGGAAAUCAAGUUUUAGUUAGAAUUUUAAUCCAUUAAAAGUAAGUCAAGUGUUUAAGAACAAUGGCUGCUUUCAAAACUCAUUUUAUGGUCGAAGCUUUACACUUUAAUUUGAUUUUAUUCUCAAUAUACUGUCUUGCAUAAAGAAACUCAUCUUGGAAUGCUCUUAUGGAUUAGGUUUGCUGAGAAGCACAACAUAUCACUUACUAUUUCACUUGCUUAUCAAUUCCAUGUAAUACAUCUGUUAGAUAAAUGUCUUUAUAUUGAACUAAAAAUGUUAUAGAAAAAUAUUGUGCCAUGGCCUAAUGGCACACUGUAUAUGAAUAUAAUUACAUAUUCAUUCCAGUAUUUAAAUGCAUACAGUAAUAUAUUCCAGGUGAAAAGAAUUGAUAAGUUAGUGUUGGUCUCUGUGUGAUAAUAACCUAGUGUAAUUAAAUAGACCAUAUUAGUUAGACAUUUCAUGAGGUCAGAGCAUCUUUAAUGUCUGCUGCUACUGCCACCUAGAGUGGCGUGAGGCCCCACACAAGUGCCACGAACCAGUCCAUCAGUAGAGUCUAGGGCCGGCACUGGUGCGGGGUCGCACGUCAAGGGCCUGAUAGACUCAGUAGUAGUGAAGUAUGUAGUAUGUACUGAUGGCUCCUCCAUUGGUGUGAAAUGUGUAUACGUAUAUAAGUCUUGAACGUUUGUAACAUUUUAAUGACUCAGAUUUGUAAGUGCCACCAGGGUAUUAUUGUUAUGUGAAAUAAUAUUUUAUUGAGUUGACAGGAAAAUAAGUACGCAAACAAAGAAAUUAUAUUGUGAUAACUGACAAUCCAUUGAACAUUCUACAAGGGACUUUGAGCAAAUGCAAACACUGUCCCAUUGCAGCUAUAUAACUUUGUGAUGACCAGUUUCUCACAAUAUAUGAUGGAAUGUAGAUCUUUCCAUGUAAGAAUUUUUAAAAAUUCAUACCAUAUCAAACCAAAACAGUAAAAUACUAAUUAUAAUUCAGAACUUCUCUUUUCGCAUGGCCGUACAGAAUAUUUCUCCACUUAUAGAAGAAAACAUCAGUGCAAGGCAGUAUUGAUAAAAUCAAAUCAUCAGAUAUUCCAGAUAGUAAAGAUUGCCUUGAUUGCAACAUUUAUCACAUUAUGAUAUGAUGUCAUUUUUAUUCAUUUUAUAUCAAUAUGUGGUGUAUCAGAUCAAGAAAUAUCUAGCACAACAUAACCUUGUAAGAUGCUCAUUAGGAUGACAUAAUCUUGCCAUUGAUGGAACACACAACUAUAACUAGCAAGAUUAAUUUUGAAACUGUUAUGAUUUAACAACAAAAAUCAGGUGUCAUUUAUUCAUCCUAAGCUAGUAAAUGAUUGCAUCUGUUGUUCCCUCUCAGACACUGCAAUUCCAGGAUGCUCCCACACAAGGCUGGUCUGGUCUGCCAUCAGGCUGAGGGUUGCUCCAAGCCCCUCACAUCAACACAGUGCCUUUGCUGGGAGUGGUCACACAUGCCACAUUGCCAUGUGUUCUCACUACCAAAUUUACAACUGUUGUCAGUAUUUAACUCAGUAAUAAUCUAUUCAAUACCUGGAAGUAAAUUACACUGCAUUUCCAGUCAAGUAUCUUGACUGGAAAUAACAGAGAACUUUAAGAUAACAUUUUUUACCAAGAAAUAUACAAGAAUCAUAUAUGUAGUUACUGGUUAAGUGCACAAAGCACUGUAGUGACACUCUGGAUGUGAAUCUGUGUACAGUAGAAGCCCAGUGAUCCACCCCCAGGCUUGUUGGUGAUCAUGAAACACCAAGAAAUCAAGUUACCUCAACAGAAAGUCUCAAAGUGGUGUCUACAUAUCAGUGGUGUGCACCACCUUGGUAGCGUUCCUGCUACUGAAGCAUGACCUCCAUUGUUUGCCCAGUACAUUGUGGAGUAAUGUAAACAUGCAAAGAUCCAAUCAGGUUUAAAAGUGAGUUGAUGCAGUACUGACUGGGAAUUUUGCUCGCAGUAAUUAUGCCAAAAAUGUUUGCUCAUUCACACAUGCAUGGAUUUGAGCUAAUUUAAUUUCUCUGUUAACAUAAUUGUCUUAUCUAAUUUUGUCAGUGACUGAAUGACUAAAGAAAUGGAUUAUGCAAACAAGAGAUUACUGGGCAACUACUGUAUCAAGACACUUCACAAAAAGAUUAUUACAUAAAUAUAUAUGGUCUUAACAGCAUAAUUCUUCAGUGUUAUAAUUGCAAGAUGAAGCACUUCAAUUUUUCAUAAGGUUCUUAUAUUAUAAUCUUGCUACAUAAUCAUCCUAUGAAUCUGAUCACACUCGUAUCCAAGAAUGACACAUCCACUGAGAGGGUGUGACAUACACAUUGUUUUGAAAGCAUCUUUGGCUUGACUAUUGCAUUCAUUGCACUUUUAUUAUCUAGUCCUUUCAUUAUCAUGGGGCUUAAGGCUCCCCUACCACUUGAUUGCCAAAAUCUUUACAGAACAUGUGCAGAUAUGUACAAGAAAAAAAAAAUAGCUUGAUAUUCACUGAUAUAUUAAAUAGCACUCACUGCCUUGUGAUUAUAUCCAUGAAAAUCAUACAACAAUAACUCAACAUUUUUAAUGAAUUGCUGUGUGGAGUCUUCAUCUCAACACUUGUACUCUUGAGUGACACAUCUGCAUAAAAGGAUCAGCUAAGGUGCUUUUCAUGUCAGCUUUCAUAACUUUAUUAUAUUUUUUAUGACAACAUAACCACAAUAUUGCACUGUGGUCACUUUCAUACUUGAUCCAUUCAUAUAUAACAAAAACUCUGUCAGUAUUAUAUCAACUAUUUCUUGAUUAAAGAAACUAACAAUAAAUACAUUAGUAAUAUUAAAAGCUAAAUUCUACCAAAGAGGCAUUUGCUUCAGCAAGUUAAAUCAAACAACGACAAUUUGCCAAAAAAUAAUUAACGUGAACAAAUAUGUUAGAAACCAAAACAAUAAAUGUACCCAUUAUAGGAGCUCCACUGUCUUGCGAUGACUCAUGGGUGUGGUGUUCACCUGCCAUCCAGCAGGGGUGCACCACAGCACCUCACUACCCCACUGACUCAUGCAUAUUUCAGAAUACUAUUAAACUCAACUUAUAAACAUACUGACAGAGAACCAUGGAAGUACAAGUUCACCUGAACAAUAUCAGAUUAAGUAUCCCAGAAAGACCUUUUUUUUUUUCUUUUAUAUAUAUAUAUAUAUAUAUAUAUAUAUAUAUAUAUAUAUAUAUAUAUAUAUAUAUAUAUAUAUAUAUUUACCAAAUGGAAAAUGUUCUUAAAUGUUGACACAUUCAAGCCAAAUGGCUGAAAGUAUUACCAUUCCUUUUUGGGUGUUUAUGUAUCUCAUAAAAAUCAAAACAGUUGCUGAAAAUGUCUCAUGUGAAUGGCCAUGUUUUUGGUGUACAGCUCAUGCAUACAAAGUACUUACCGUCUGUUGGAACCAAGUGAUACAUGUCUCUACCUGUGGUGUUUGCUGUUUCUGCAGAUCUCCCCUCUGUAUCAAAUGAAUCCACAUGAAUUAGUGGAAUGUGUCAGUUCCUGCUUUUCCUUGACAGUAACUCUUUUAAUGUAAGGUUCAGUUUCAGGCUCUUACAUGGUCUUGCUGGGGCUGAGUGACUCCACCCCAACAUGCAGAAAACAUAUGCAAUGUGCUGCACUGGAUAGCUUGUUUAUUGAUAAAGCUAUUCCAGUCUUCCCUUGAAUCAGUAUUAUCAUGGAUGCCAAUGACAGAGACCCAUAACCCUCCUGCACAUUCAGCUCUAAAGAAUGUACAAGUACAUAAUGUGUAUCUUUUAUGAAUGGUGAGGCAGCUGUGCUUCAUGGCAUGCCUGGUGUAGCAGUGCCAGUUACUGUUCAGGUGGUUACUGCCCCUCACAGCAAGAUGGUAGGGGAGCACCAGCUGCCACUUUUCAACAUGUGAUAUGUGUACCCUUUCCUUUUACAUUACUUUCCACUUGAAUAAAAACUUAAUUCUCCC